AUGGAAGAAACAGCUAGAGGUACUGGUGGUGGGCCUGCUAUACAUAUCAAAUUGAUGGAUUUGGAACAAAGAGUACUAAAUUUGAUUGGUGUAGAAGUAGCUACGGGUUUGGCAGUUGAAGAGGCUGGGUUGUCACAGGGGAAUUAUAUUCAGGGUAAUCCCAUAGUGAAUAUUGAACAAGGCAUACCGACUCCACAACCACAUCACUUAGUGGAAUGUUCUCAAUCUUGCAACGACCCAGGACCAUCAAGACGUCCCCAUGUUGCCCCAGCAAAUAUUGUGGCAUCUCCGCUUGUUCCAUUUGUGGAGGUAGAAGAGGAAAAUACUCUUCAACUAUGCCCUCAUCUCAAGUGCAAGAAAUUCAGCCAGGGCCUGCUUUGUCCGAGCAAUCAACACCUCGCCAUUCUAGACCUAUUCGAACUCGGGGAUCACCUAGAAGACGAGUGA